GGCGCCUGCGCACUGCGGCUCUGAUGUUUGUUGAUAUGUGAGCGGCGGAGUGUGCGGGGAUUCUCUGCGGGUCUGUGCGGGGAUCUGUGCGGUGCGGCCGCCCGAUGGAGAACCUCAGAGACCUGGUGGAGCGUCCGUCCAGGAAGCGUCGGGACUCCUUCGGGAUGUUGGACGGUUUGGACGAAGACCGGAGCAGCUGCAGCACAGAGUCCAGCGGAGGCAGCGGAGCGUCCAGCCCCGAGGACAGUGAAGAUGAAGAGUUAGGAGGAGGAGGAGGAGUGACUCAACUCACUGCCACCUCCUCCUCCUCCUCCCUGACGCUCAUCAAGACCAACGGACAGGUGUACACGUAUCCUGACGGGAAGGCCGGCAUGGCGACGUGUGAGAUGUGUGGAAUGGUCGGAGUCAGAGAUGCUUUCUACAGCAAAACCAAACGUUUCUGCAGCGUCUCCUGCUCCAGAAGUUUCUCAUCCAACUCCAAGAAGGCCAGCAUCCUCGCCAGACUGCAGGGGAAACCUCCCACUAAGAAAGCCAAGGUUCUUCAGAAACAGCCUCUGAUGACCAAACUCGCUGCCUACGCUCAGCAUCAGUCCCACCAGCAGGGCGGCGUCAAAAAGAGCGUCACUGUGGACAUGUUCGACUGGGCUCGUUACCUUGGAGACGGGGGGGCGAUGGGAGCACCGGUCAGCUGCUUCAAACAUGUCCCGAUGGGGAAGUCGUGGGACGACAUCAGUGAAGGAGUUCGUGUUGAAGUCCCAAACACUGACAGUGGACUUCCCCUGAAGGUGUACUGGAUCGCUGGCAUCAUCAAACUGGCAGGUUUUAAAGCCCUGCUGAGGUACGAAGGCUUCGACAGCGACUCCACCAGAGAUUUCUGGUUGAACCUCUGUGUGCCGGACAUCCACCCGGUCGGCUGGUGUGCUGCCGGAGGAAAACCUCUGGUCCCGCCUCAGACCAUCCUGCACAGGUUCACCAACUGGAAAACCUUCCUCAUCAAAAGACUGACGGGAUCCAAAACCCUGCCGCCGGACUUCUCCUCCAAGGUGCAGGACAGUAUGCAGUUUCCCUUCAAGAAGCAGAUGAGACUGGAGGUGGUGGAUAAGACUCACCUGUGUCGGACUCGGGUCGCUCUGGUCGAACAGGUGAUCGGCGGUCGCCUCCGUCUGGUCUACGAGGAGUGUGACGAUGGGACGGACGACUUCUGGUGUCACAUGUACAGUCCUCUGAUCCACAGCAUCGGCUGGUCUCGAUCCAUCGGACAUCGCUUCAAACGGUCCGAUGUGACGAAGAAGCUGGACAGUCAGGUGGACGCUCCGGGGAAGCUGUUCGCCAAGGUGAAGGAGGUGGAUCAGAGCGGCUCGUGGUUCGAGGACGGGAUGAAGCUGGAGGCCAUCGACCCUCUGAACCUGUCUGCCAUCUGCGUGGCCACAGUCAGGAAGGUCCUGGCUGACGGGUACCUGAUGAUUGGUAUCGAUGGUUCGGAGGCGGCAGACGGUUCAGACUGGUUCUGUUAUCACUGCACCUCUCCCUCCAUCUUCCCCUCCGGCUUCUGUGAGAUCAACAACAUCGAGCUGACUCCCCCCAGAGGUUACUGCAGUCUCCCGUUCAGAUGGUUCGAGUAUCUGAGGGAAAGUAAAUCUGUGGCAGCUCUGGUCAACCUCUUCAACAGGGACGUCCCCAACCACGGCUUCCACCCCGGUAUGAAGCUGGAGGCCGUCGACCUCAUGGAGCCCCGGCUAGUGUGCGUCGCCACGGUGACCCGCAUCGUCCACCGGCUGCUACGGAUCCACUUUGAUGGCUGGGAGGACGAGUACGACCAGUGGGUGGACUGUGAGUCACCUGACCUGUACCCGGUCGGGUGGUGUCAGCUGACUGGAUACCAGCUGCAACCACCUGCUGUUAACGCAGGUUCCAGAGAAUCACAAUCCUCCGCCUCCAAGCAGAGGAAGAAAUCCCAGCAGUACAAGGGACAAAAGAAAAAGAGGAAGUUGCCCAUCGCUAAGCGACCCGUCAGUCUGUCUGGCGCCGUGGUAACAGGCGUCCCCAGGAGUCUGUCUGGAGACGAGAAUGAGACUCCGCCAGAUUACCCAUCACCCCCCAUUCCUGCCUCAGCAGCUCAACCACUGUCUGCAGAUCCAGAGAACAGUCCCCACACGGAGGGGGGGGCAGGUUCACACGUUAAAGACGAGUUUUGUCCUGAGACGACUGAAGCUGAAACCAACGGAUCCUCUGGAGAUUUCUUCAUCAACCAGGACCAGUCGUAGGCCUCCUCUUCCUCAGUGGAGGAGGUCAGAGUUCAUCCUCUCACAUUCACUCUACAGUCGACUGUGUUGGAAUGUGCACGUGUGCGUCUUCAGAUGUUAAACCAGCAGUUUACAGACACAAAGAAAAACAUAAAAUCCUCAUGAUGCACUGUAAAUAACUUUUUUAGUUUGUUCCAUGUCCCAUCUGCUAACAUGGAGGAGGAGGGGAUCAUGAUUUAUAUUGCAGCCAGACACCAGGGGGCGAUGGAGAUGAUUUGGCUUCACUUUUGGAGCCGUCAUGUUUAUUGACAGACUCUGAUUCUCACUUGAGUUUCAACAAAGCAGAUCAACACUAUCCGACAUGUAGCUUUAAUUCAUCAGACACCACACACCACCAAGCUAACUAGCUCAUUAGCAUGCUAACGGAUGAGAAGGACAUAGGGUCAGAGAUUAAAGAGUAAAUCUCAUUCUCCCUCUUUUAGAUUUUAAUCGAGAACAAAUCGUUUCACGUGAAGGAAAAAAAGACUCGUCGGAGUUUAACUGGAAAGCAAAAUACAGAAGAAGAGAAUGUGAAGCAGGACGCUCGUCGUUUGUUCCUCUGAGAAAA